GAGCAACUUCCGGCGCGGCGGCAAGAUGGCAGGGGAGAUGGCGGCUUUGCAGCAACUACACUGGCGGCUGGAGGAAUUGGAGCAGCGCAUGGGCGUCGGCACCGGCGAGCCGCCAAAGGUGGCCGAUGAGCUCGUCAAGGUGCAGGUGGCGUUGAGCAACAUCGCCGGCAAGAGGGAGAGAAUCAAGAUCCUGUUUAAGAAAAUUGAAGAUGUAAUAAAAUACCUAGACCCUCAGUACAUUGACAGAAUGGCUGUUCCAGACACUAUGAAGCUGCAGUUCAUCUUGGCAGAGGAGCAGGCUCUUCCUUCCCGAGUAGCCCUCUUGGAGCAGGUGAAGAACCUUGAGCCCGUCUUAGACAGUGCCAGUAUCCAAGCGGCUCCUGAACAUGCAGCCAAACUACAGCGACUAUCUCAAAUCCAGAUACAGCAACAGGAGCAGUGUGAGCAGUUUACUGAUGAAGUCAAGAUGCUCUUGGAAAACUACAACAAGACAACUCUGCUUCUCUCCAAGCAGUUUGUCCAGUGGAAUGAAAUACUAACACAGCUGGAAGCAGCCGGUGAAGUGAAACCCACAGCAGAGUGAUGGCAGAGCUGGGAGGGCAAAGAGCCGAGGUCCUAGGACCGUGUUGGCCUUGAGUUACUCAGAAGAGACUGUAGCAGCUGCUUGCAUCCUUUUGCCUCAGCAUCUUCAUACUGAGUGUGAGUAUGCUGCAAAUGAUGUCACAGGCUCCUUGGGGGCACCCUGGCUUUGUGGCCCUCAAUCAAAGCUGCACUGUCAAUAUGCCACUGUUUGCAUAUAGUUUCUCUCAAUAUGCCACUGUUCUUAAUAUGCUAUCUUGCAUUUUAUUGUUUUCAAGUAGUAACGUACUUUAAAAAUCCCUUUUUGCUCUUAUCGUGGAUCAUAGUAAAGCCCUAAUACACUA